AGUGGCAGGAACUGGAAAGUCGCGGAGAGACAAGAGUAAGAUGAGUAUGUUAUCGGGGAAAGCUGGUCAUGAUCUGUUCGUCUAUGGCAGCCUCCAGGAAUCCGAAGUCGUUAAGGUGCUUCUGAAUCGCGUCCCUGAUAGUGUCUCCGCCGUCCUCUCCGGCUUUCACAGGUUUAGACUCAAAGGCCGCGUUUAUCCAACCAUUCUACCGGACGGUACCGGAGAAGUCACCGGGAAGGUGCUAAAGGGAAUCACAGAUGAUGAACUGAAAAUGUUAGAUGAGUUUGAGGAUGUUGAAUAUGACAGAAAUGCUGUGCAAGUGGCGCUGACGGAUACUUCAGAGAAGCUGCAAGUCCAAACAUAUGUGUGGAAGAACAAACAUGACCCGGAUCUUUAUGGAGAAUGGGAUUUCGAGGAAUGGAAACGACAUGACAAGGAAGGUUUCGUAACUGCGACCAAGAAAUUUCUGGAGGAUAGGAAAUUACCAGAAGCAAAGACGAGGAUGGACACAUUCAGAACAUUCUUUAAGCAGGAUUCUGAGAAUGGGAAACCUCUGGAUUCUUGCUGAUACUCUCUGAUGACUUUUGGUACUUGCAGUUAUAUUAAAGUGAUAUGCCUUUGCUGAACAAUGCUUCUUGGGGAACUAUAGAAACAGAAUGUUCAUGACUCCUGUGCAACUACUACCGAGACAUGAAUGGGCUUUGGCAUGAUCAUGUAAUUUCAUUAAAACGUUGACUGUUUUUCUUUAAUUUUGUUUGCUUCAAAGGGCUUACAAAUGACUAAUGCCUUGGAAAAUAAGCAUUUCCAUUGUUUCUCUGAUUGUCUUUUAGCUCAUAACUUUGAAUACCAAUCUUCUUAAUCCAGUAAA